CUCGUUAGUGCAGUGUGCAUCUGGAAGUUGUCGCCAUCAUAAGUAGCUAAAUGUUGCAGCUAGCUCUCAAGUCGUCAGCCGUUGUGUCCGAAGAAACAUUAUCUGACACAGUUAACUGCUUUUUCUGUGUUUCAUAUCGAUGUUUUGUGAGCUGUUAUGAUGUCAACCACCAGUAAACGCGAUUAGUUCUGUUGCAGUGUUGUGUCGUUUUCUCAAAACCAACAGCAGGAUCUAUUUUCAGAGCACACAUUAGCAGGCUGGAGUCUUGAGAGGCAGCAAAGGGGCGGUGGGCUGCUGAAACCGUUGCUGGUUAGCAACGAGCUUGCUUGGUAGCUAAAGAAAGUGAAAUCGUUAAUACACGUUUUCAAAAACAAUCCGCUUUGAACGUUGCUGCAAACUAAGCGGUGGUUUUCUGCUCUUAAGUUCGUAACUGACCAUAACCAAGGAGCUAGCAGGGUCAGGGCUAGCCAUCUCUUCGUUGAGGAACCUGAGAUUUAAAGCUAAUAGGACUUAUCAUUCUGCCUGGAUUGGUCUGUAGCAGUGAGACUCUGAUAAACUGGAGCUGCAAUCGUCAAUUUUGUCGUUUUUUACAGCAGGCUAUUGGGCCUGACAGCGGAGAAGAUGUCUGAAGGAGAGAGCAGGCAGGCCCCGGAUCCUGCCCAGGAGACGAAGCCGGACUCGGGGGCAGCUGCGCCCGCAGGCCAAGCGGUGGCAUCCGUGUCGCCGCCGGUGUCCACGGUGACCCAGCCUCCUCCCACUGCUGCCACGGAGGACGAGGAAGAGGAGAGCGAGGAUGAGUCAGAGAUUUUGGAGGAAAGCCCGUGUGGACGCUGGCAGAAACGCAGGGAAGAGGUGAAUCAGCGUAAUGUGCCUGGGAUCGAUAAUGCUUACUUGGCCAUGGACACGGAGGAAGGGGUUGAAGUGGUGUGGAAUGAAGUCAUGUUCUCAGAAAGGAAGAACUUCAAACUGCAGGAGGAAAAGGUGAAGGCUGUGUUUGACAAUUUAAUCCAGCUGGAACACUUGAACAUUGUGAAGUUCCACAAGUACUGGGCAGAUGUGAAGGAAAACAGAGCCAGGGUUAUUUUCAUCACUGAGUACAUGUCAUCAGGCAGUCUCAAGCAGUUCUUGAAAAAGACAAAGAAAAACCACAAAACCAUGAACGAAAAGGCCUGGAAGCGCUGGUGUACGCAGAUACUGUCUGCCCUCAGUUACCUGCACUCCUGUGAACCUGCCAUCAUCCACGGCAACCUCACCUGUGACACCAUCUUCAUCCAGCACAACGGCCUCAUCAAGAUCGGCUCAGUUGCCCCCGACACCAUCAAUAACCAUGUGAAGACCUGCCGGGAGGAGCAGAAGUGCCUCCACUUCUUUGCUCCAGAAUAUGGAGCUGUUGCCAAUGUUACCACAGCGGUGGAUAUCUAUUCCUUCGGAAUGUGCGCCUUAGAGAUGGCUGUUUUGGAAAUCCAGAGUAAUGGAGAUUCGUCGUAUGUGUCCCAAGAAGCCAUAAACAGUGCCAUUCAGUCCCUAGAAGACCCGCUGCAGCGGGAAUUCAUCCAGAAGUGUCUGGAGGUCGACCCGAGCAAAAGACCCACAGCCAAAGAGCUGCUGUUCCACCCCGCCUUGUUUGAGGUGCCUUUACUCAAGCUGCUAGCCGCACACUGCAUCGUCAGCCACCAACAUAUGAUUCCAGAAAACGCUCUAGAGGAGAUGACGAAGAACAUGGACCCCAACCUGGUCAUUGUUGAAACAAAGAACGGAGUUCAGAUGAAGCUCUCUCAGUUUCCUGCAUUAGAACUGGACAAGUUUCUGGAAGAUGUGAGGAACGGGAUCUAUCCGCUGACCGCUUUCGGGAUGCCCCGUCCACAGCAACCUCAGCAGGAAGCCGUUAAGUCGCCCAUCGUCCCACCUUCAGUCAAAUCCCCAACACCUGAACCUGCAGAGGUUGAGACCAGAAAGGUCCUCCAGAUGCAGUGUAACAUCGAGCCUGUCGAUGAGGGCAACAAGCAUCACCUGACGUUGUUGUUGAAACUUGAGGAUAAACUAAACAGGCACUUGAGCUGUGAUUUAUUACCAAAUGAGAACGUUCAGGAGCUGGCCGUGGAGCUCGUCCAGCUGGGAUUCAUCAGCGAGGGCGAUCAGCCGCGGCUCGCGUGCGUUCUCGAAGAGGCCUUCUCCAGGUUCUACAGUCGGAAUGACUCUCUCAAUCCGGUGACCGUUUCGUCGUAGCUGAGGACUCGCCAGGCCUUCUCUGAGCCCUCCUCGUCCUCCGCAGCAGGACUAGCUUUUCGCUUCAUGUCGACAUCGCUAUAAAAGCUUUAGUGAGAACUGAGAGGGAAGCCUUGGUCUGACUGCAGAUCCUGCAGCGUCUUCUUGUAUCUUCUAGUGGGAAAAGCUGCCACUAAGUGGUUGUUGGUCUCUCUUUAUUUUUAUUUUUAAUUUCUCCCGCCACAUACAGCCAUCUUCUUCUCUUCUGAAAGAGGAAAUUGUAAUUGAAGCCUAAUGGAAAGUACAAAUGUUUUAUUUCUUUCAGUUGUAAGGAAAUGAUAGAAGAAAGCUAAAUCAAAUGGAUAACAGCAGUAUUUUCCUUAAGUCAGUGUUGAAGUUGCAUUUUAAACUUUUUUUUUUUUUUUUCUUAAAUCAUUUAAUGGAGUUGUGUGUGUCUGUCUGCUGUCCCGACAAACUGAAGCGUGUGUUUACAGUGUUGUGAGCUUAAAGUCUGGUCGUUUAAACUUUUGAGGUUCCUGCUGACCUCGGAUCAGUUUCAGGUGGAAAACUAGGGACAAAACAUAAGCAGUUUCAGUUUUGCUUUAGAUUUCCACUAUCACACAUGUAGUCAUAAACCCUUCAGCUGCAACACAAUCAGACGAGCAGGUUAAGAUAUAUAUAAAAAUCUAUUUAUUUGUGUAUCUCUCUUUGACUGAUCCAUUUCACUUCCAGCACAGAGGCCGGGGGACUGAUUGUAUGCUUUUACUCCCUGCUUUUCUUUAAAUCAAGCUGUUUAGUUUCUAUGAAAAAUGACCAGAGUGCAAACAUUGCAGCACUCCUCAACACCCAGUUCUCUUUAGGUCUAAUUUCUCACUCAGCAAGUUGGUGUGAUCAGUUUUCAAGUUCUGGAUUUUCACCGGUGAAUACACAUUUGGUUCAUGGUCCAAAAGUAAAAGCGAUGCGUGGAAUCCGUUUUCGCUCAUCAGGAAGUAGAUUUUGUUGCUCUUCAGUUACUGGCUUCAAUCCAGUUAUGCAGGAUUAGUGGAAUUUUUUUUGCUCCUUUUCUUUUGGUAAACUUGUCCAGCCGUGGGCUCUGGCUUGCGCGCGGCGCUGGGAGGAACAUCAAGAUGUCGGUAAGCCUGAGCUGCGUCCUCCGCGCUGUGACUACGUCUUGACAGGGUCUGUAGAUACGAGUGUGGGACUGCCUGGCAUGCCUGUAACCAUCAUGUACUCUGUAUGCUGGACACUGUGCUGUUUCCACAACGCUUUUGCCCUCUUUUUCACUUCCUCAACUAAAAUGGUAAUAAAAAAACAAAAACAAAAAACACAUUAUCUCCACCUGACGUGUUUGACUCAUUUUUUUUUUUUUUUUAAAAAGCUGCAGAGUUCCAACACAACAUGGAGUAUGUCUUAAUUUGUUUUCUCAGACUUUAUUUACUGUCCUGUUCUGGAUUUAAAGUCAGUUUUAUCCAUCUAUCAAUGACUCUUUUAUCGGUCAUCCAGCCAUCGGUUAUUUCAUCCAGCCAUGUUCUUUUGUGUCAAUUCAAGCAUAUGUAUCCCAAAGGGAAAUUAAAUGUAAUUCAUAUUAAAGUAUGAUAUGGGCAGAACAGAUGGAAUUUAUUGUGAUUAAUCCAUUAUUGAAAUAAUUGUCAACUAAUUUAGUAGUCGAUUAAUCAGGGAGUGCGUUUCCUGAAAGAAAAUGCACUCAGAGCAGUAAUUAACCCAAAACUACAAAAUAUAUACAUUUUGAAUCAAAAAAAAAAAAAAAAAAAAAACAUAAAUAAAGUUGAACAUAUCAUUUGCCAUUGUGAUCGAUGAAAGCGUUUGAACUUCCUUUGUCUUUCUCUACUCUUUAGUUUCUGGUCUGCAUUGUUGAAGCCUCGUUUUCAACUUCUCUAAGACUUUGGGUCGUAUUUUUGUUAUUAUUUGCGUCUCAAAGACUGCAGAUCAGCUGCUUCCAGUAAUAGACACCUUGUUGACAUGGUAACGUGUUAUAACAACUGUCAAAGUAAGAAGAAACAGAAAUCUCAUUCCUACAACACAUCAAAACUAACAGAUCUACAUCAACAUGCAAACUUGAGCGCCGCAGUUUUAUUGUUCUGUGUGUCUCUUAACUGGUUAUGUCCUCCAUCCGUCCGUUUUCUCAUAAGUCCAUCCAUUUGUAUAUCCAUUCAUGUUUUCAUAUACCAUCCAAUACCCCCUUGGUUUUUCCAUCCAUCCAAGUUUCAACCAUUCAUUCACUUUCACAUUAAAAGCUUGACUACUGUGUAACAUUUGCCCAUACAUGGAAAACUGAGAAGUGUGAAAUUACUUGCAAUUAAAAUAAAAAAAAAUAUUGACAAAUGUUUAGGAAUCCUAUAGAAAAAAAAAGAAGCUAAUUUUGUUGGUACAUUUUUGAAGUGUAAAUUAAAACUUUAAGGCCCCCAGUAGAAAUAAUUUACAUAAAGACAACACAAAUGGGACAAAAUUGAAUAUUUUAAAUAAUUUAUACAAAAAAAAAAAACCCAUCCUGGUGUAUCAGGAGUGUGACCUCUAACCCCAGAGCAUCACUGUUUGAAUU